AUGUUCCUUCCUAUAAUUUUUCACACCAUCCUAACCCUCCUGAACUUUGGUAAAUAUUACUGUUUACCUAUUCAAGAAGACGAUGAUAAAUCAGGAAAAGAAAUUGAACAAAUUUUAGACAAUAACAUCGAGUCAUUAGGACUACUACUAAAUUCGAUGUCCUUAUCCUCGAACUUUACGACAGGCGAUCCUGAACUAGAUUCGCUCUUCCAAGAUGAUUUAAUCCCCGAGUUAUAUAGUGUAUUAGAUGGCUUCUAA